UACCGGUCAAUCCACGAGUUUUUACCUUUCUUACUUUGCCAAAUCAAGCAAACUAUUCUAGACCCGGUCUAGUAUAGUUUGACCGGUCAAAUAAUUUACACAAUCAUUUUUGGCGCCACCCGUGGGACCGUUAAGAAUUCUUCUCUUCUAAAACCUACCCACAAGAAAGCAACUCGAAAUGUCUUCCAGCCAACAGAUCAACGCUACUUCCACUCAGAUGCAUGCCACCAACGAGGGUACCAGCAUCCCUGUGGCUGCUACCAUAUCGGUCAUUUCAGCCCCGGUGUUGCCUGUGGGUCUGAGCUCUGUCCCGACGGCUAGCGUGAUCAGUCCCUUCGCGACCCCCGUCCCUUCCGCUGGACCGAGGGUUACGUUCCCACCAAGCAUGGCUCAGUUCAUGAAUGACCCAGCCAACCUACAAGCCAUCCAGGGCUUUGGCCAGGUCAUGGCCAUGUGCCAGCAGAGCGGGGGGAUGCCUUUCCUCCCCGGUAUGUUCCCAUUCACCCUUCCAGGCGCGGGAGCCAUGCCCCUACAAGCUCCGAUGGCGGUGACGUCGUUCCAAACGCCGAUGCCGCAGCCAUCACCUUUCCAGCCCCAGCUGGUCAGCACCGUGGCCCCUGUCAACUUGACCGGCGCACUUAACGCUGCAGGGCCGUCGCGUCCCCCGCAGGGUACGAAUCCGCAAGUCACCCCUGAUGGUCAUUGCGUCUCAAUUGAGAGCGAUGACGGCGAGUGGGACGUUCCAAGGGCCCACAAGAAGAAGAAAGGAAAAAAAAUCCGGCCAGCAACCUCCCGAAACUCCGCCUUCGAAAGGCUGGGGCAGAGCGUUGCCCAUGUCAGCGCGUUCGCCCGGCUAGGCGAGGUGCGGGAGGCCGAGCCUGCCCACACCCGGCGCUCCCGGUCUAACCGGCAGGAGCCAGCAAGGACGAGGGCCUCUCGUCAGGAAGAGGAAGCUGAGAGCCAGCCCAGGUUAUUGGUGGCGAACCGGUUGACCAUCCCAAAUGACCGUGUCCAGCAGAUGGAGGCAAAACUAGAAAGGCUGGAGAAGAAGGUCGGAGAGAAGAAUGACCGGGACAAACCCUUGGCGGGGUCCCCGUUCACCACAAGGGUCCAUCUGACACCUUUCCCGCGAAAGGUCAAGAUCGACGCCCCCAGAUUCACCGGGAAGGAAGAUCCGGAAAUCCAUCUGGAUUCCUUCAACCAGAGUGCGACCAUGAACGGUUGCACCGAUGAAGAAAAUGAUUUGGCCUCAAAGUUCAAGGCCAAGUUCCAGAAGAAUUGUACUAAGAGGAAGAAAUUCAUCUAUCUUAGUACAGCCGGGCAGAGGGAGUCUGAGAGCCUUGCUCAGUUCCUUACCCGGUGGAAGGAAGAGGUGGACAAGGUGGAAGAGAUGGAUGACAAGACCGUCCUCUCCCUCCUCUUGAAUGGCUUGCGUGCUGGGGAACUAUACAAGGAGUUCUGCCGGAAACCCCCAGCCACGUACCAAGAGGCCUACCACACUGCAUGGGAGUUUGCUGAGGCUGAGACCCAGCUCCGGGCAAAGAGAGAAGCUGAGCAUGGUCACAAGCCCAAGCCGGUGCAAGUCAAGAAGGAAGAAGCACCGGAACCUAGCCGGCCGAGGCACCACUAUGACCCGGUCAUCCGAGUGAUCAAUACGAAAGAAUGCCAAGAAAUCCGGAAAGCACCGGUCAUUCCUCCAGAAAACCCUACCGGUCAAGUAGGGCGGCAGUGGUCGGGCACCUAUUGUUCAUACCACAGGUCAGAUUCCCAUAACACCUCCGAAUGCAAAAGUGUUAAGGGGGUCAUCCGGCAGAUGAUCGACAGUGGGGAGCUGGGCAAAGAUUACUUGCAGAAAGCUCAGGAGAAGAGUCAUCAAUGGAAGAUGCGGUUCAUAGUUGUGGACAUCAAAUGCGUCCACAACGCAAUUCUUGGAAGGCCAGGCAUCAACAGAGUCGGGGCGGUGAUUUCCAUGUCUCAUCUAUGCAUGAAGUUCCACACUCCAGGUGGUGUGGGUGAGGUGAAGGGCGACCAGAGGAACACCCGGGAGUGCUAUGCUCGGGCAGUCAAGAAAAUGACCAAGGGGGUCAAUGUCAUCUCCCAAGAAAUCACAAAGGGAGAGACCCGUGAGAAAUUGGAGCCCGAGGCCGAGACGGUGGAAAUCGAACUUCACCCGGGUGAUUCUUCGAGGAUGGUCCAAAUUGGAGCAAAACUUCCCGAGGAUCUCAAGGUAGAAAUCACACGGGUCCUCCAAGAAUACGCGGGCAUAUUCGCAUGGAGCGUGGCGGAUAUGCCCGGGAUAGAUCGCUCUGUUAUCUACCACCGGUUGGCCGUGAGGGAAGGAAGUCGACCGGUACGCUAGAAGAAGCGGUACCUGGCCAGUGACCGGCGAGAC